UCAGUUAGUUCUAGCGCAGCAGCAGUGUUUGGAUGUGCUCAGAGUGUGUCCGCGACUAUGUCGUAGUGUCCGUAGUGACAGUAGUUUGUUCCGCAAAAAGCAGUGACGGAAAUAAUCAUUAGAUGGUGAAGAUGUCGGUCAUGCAGAUGCAGCAGGCGAAACGUCAGCAUUGCUACUUGUGCGACCUGCCCAGGAUGCCGUGGGCCAUGGUCCAUGACUUCUCCGAGCCCGUCUGUCGAGGGUGCGUCAACUACGAAGGCGCCGACAGGAUCGAGAUCGUCCUGGAGACGGCACGGCAGAUGAAACGAGCCCAUGGCUUCCAAGAGCAGCGCUCAGCUUCGCAUAAGAGCCACCGGACGGCCGCCUCCAGCCAUGAGCACCAGAACGGCGAAGUGGUGGCGACGUCCAGCCGACAACAACCCGCCACGCACCAUUCGGGAACGUACAGCUUGCACCAUCCGCGUUCCGGGAUGUUGGCGGACUACCAAGCCCAGCAGCAGCCGCUGCCGCCCCGCGGAACGGCCAUACCCAGACCGCAACAGAUGGAGACCACACAGGAGCCUGAGGCGUUAGUUGCACGACCUACGGUCAGGCUGCCCACAGCCACGCACUUGGCCCAUCACCAACUCCAGAGUCAUCACCAUUCGGCCAAUGGCAGGCCCGGAUUGCCGCAGCAGGGCUUGAAACGGGGCUUGUCCGCCGCUGAUGAUGAUGAUCAUCACGGCUUGCAUCACGCCAACGGCGAUAUGAAUGGAGCUAAGAGGAUGAUGUCGGUGGAGGAGCACAGCAAUGCGGUUCGACCUCCGCUGACUAGAGGCGAAUCACUUCCGGCGGUUUCGCUGGCGCAACCGUUCGUCGUUUCGACGGAGAGGACCUUCAAGCAGGAGAAACAUCCUCUCAGGACGGCUUCGUUCGACACCGCCACCGCCUUCAAACCCAAUGUCCCCGUUUCAGUGGCGAGUGCUAAUGGUUCCAGUUCGGGGUCUCCCUUGAACAACCGCACGGGUUCGCCCCCCGACCCCAACGCUGGUACCACCCAGCAAACCCAGCAAUCCGGGGGUACGGGCCAAAGCCCCAUGGCGGCCCUUAUGUCAGUGGCUGAUAAUUUACCCCCGGGGAGCCCCCGAUCGGCCGGCGGGAGCCCCCCGAGCAGUGCAGCCCCUCGAUCGGCCUCGAGAGGGUCGCAACACUCGCCGAAUUCGACAGAUCUUGUAGGUUCGUCGAGUGGCAGGAGAUCGUCGGGCUCUCGCCACGUGUCUUCGACCACGGUCACCUCGACGGAAGCUGGGGGCGUUAUGGGGCCUAAUGCCGAGUCUAUGACCGGAAGUGGCGAUAGCGUCGCCCCCACAGCACCGGCCACCACGGCCACUUUGAAGUGCACUCUGUGCCAGGAGAGACUGGAAGACACGCACUUUGUCCAGUGCCCGUCUGUACCUCACCACAAGUUUUGUUUCCCUUGCAGUCGCGAGAGUAUCAAGAGACAAGGGGCUGGCUCUGAGGUGUACUGCCCUAGUGGUGAAAAGUGCCCAUUAGCGAACUCGAACGUGCCGUGGGCAUUUAUGCAAGGCGAAAUAGCGACGAUACUCGGCGAAGAGUACAAAGUGAAGAAAGAGCGGGAGACUUAAUAUUGGAUGUGCUAAGUACGAAGUACGAGGCUCUCUUUAACUCGACAACAGUCGAGACAUGUCUCUUUUACAAAAUGAAAGAGAUGAUUUGUUGAAAAGUUGCUGGCGAAAGUCUGAAGAUGGUGGAUUAGUAAAAAAUACGGUUUGUCGGUUAACGGUUGAUUGUUAAAUUGAAGCGAAGAAGGCUGUGUCGAAUAUAUUAGUUUUAUCUUGGACGAAUCGUCCAUCUGUCCGUCUUAUGAUUGUGUACCCACCGAAUUAAAAGUAAAAACAAAAAAAAAACAUGGCUAACGUCGCCGAAAAUGUACAUAUAAAAGAGUCGGGUAGUGAAAAGAUUUCGUUUUGUUUAUUUGUUUCAAGUCAAUUUCUGCCUAAACUUCUUCUGAUUUGUGUAUUGGACGUUUUACUUUGUAAAUAUUGUACAUAAAAAUCGUGCUAAAAUUUGCAAAAAAUGUACAAAAUAUAUUAUUUAAGUUAGUUUAGUCUUGAAGGAAUAAAUUUAAUACGCACAACUAGCCAGUACGGAUUUAUACCUUUUGUAACAAACUACUUGUCUAGUUGUUAGUGUGAAAUUUAUUUAUUUGGAGUAUGACUACGUUUUAUUUUUUCGUUUAAAACUAUUCAUACUAUAAAAGGCCUCUUACUGAAAAGCUGUAAAUAUUGUAUAUUCAUCAGCUAUUUAACGACAUGAAAAUCGACCAGAUUUUAAAAAUGCCGUUCUUAUUAGUUUAGAAACUUCGUUAUUAAUGGUACACUUGGGCCAUGGCUUUUUUUAAUUUAUGGAAAGUAACCUAGUCAAAACGUGAAGUGUCUCACACUUCAUUUAUAGGAACUCAAAACUCGCUGGUAUAUUGUAAGAACGAUAAUUAAAGAAAAUCCUUGAUUAAAAUAACAUUUAACUUGUAUAUUUAUACCAUGUUUAAUGUUCAAGGUCUCCUCACAUUUGUUUGCUUGUUUAGUGAGAAUAGAACAGUUCAAGAAAUUUUUUCAUUUCCCAUCAGUCGCUUUAAAUCAGUUUAUUCUUCCUAAACAAAGCUUCAAACGAAACGACCACAUUGAAUUAUUGUAUAGACCUUGUAAAUAAAUACUUGUAUUACCCUAAAACGACAUUGUUAACCCCAUUCAUUGACAGAAGCAACCGCUCCACUUGGAUUUUUCGCAAACGUUACGCAAGGUCUCGCAGCAGGUCGCGAACUUUUCAACGAAUUUUUAACACUGUUGUGAUUUUUUGCGUAGCGUUGCCACCCCUGAAAUAUUGUGAGUUUCACGUCCAUCAGAAGUGAGGGAUUACAUUUUUACUUCUUUGGCCCUAAAAUAGAGGACUUGUAACAUUGAGAGUUUUGAAAUUUGUGAUAAAUGCACAGAUAUUUGUAUUGACAAUGUCAAUCUUGUACAUUUUGUAGUUGUUAAUUUGUAUAACAACUGACAUCUAAUUUGUUUGGAAAGCUUGUAUAAUCUUUGCUGUUAGUGGAUGUCAAAUAAAAUGAGAUAAUCAAUGUC